UUUCAUUAUAUUUCAUACAUUUAAUAGUUUCGACAUUUGUGCCUUUUUAUUGAUUGAAAAAACAAAUUUGAGCCUUUCAUCUUUAUUAUCCCAUCCCACCUCAAAGGUGCCAUCUUUCCACUCAAAAGGACUAUCUCUUUCUAUUUUCAUUUCAAAAAACAGCAACCAACAGUACCAGGGAAUGCAGCAAGAUGUGUUUGCACGCUGUGAACUCUUCAUCUGAACCCCAUAAGCUUGUCUCCAUUUCUGAAUCACCCAUAUUCAUUCUCCUUGAGCUUGGAUACUCGACAACAGAGAAGCACUUCAUGUCCCAUCUCGAAAUGCAUGACCUUGUUGAAGACGGUUGAUUUCCGCUGUAUAUAAGAUAAUAGUACAUUGCAGCGUGAUAGGGUUGUUCAAAGAAUGGAAACUAAGGGGAAAAUUGUGAUGAAAAAGUAUGAACUAGGGAGAUUGUUAGGGCAAGGUAACUUUGCUAAAGUUUACUAUGCAAGGAACAUUGAAACAAGCCAAAGUGUGGCAAUUAAGGUGAUUGAUAAAGAGAAGGUUUUGAAAGUAGGGUUGAUUGAUCAUACAAAGAGGGAGAUAUCAAUUAUGAACCUUGUUAAACACCCUAAUAUCUUGGAGCUUUAUGAAGUUAUGGCAAGCAAAACCAAGAUUUAUUUUGUUAUGGAAUAUGCCAAAGGUGGUGAGCUCUUCAAGAAGGUGUUCAAAAGAAAAUUGAGAGAAGACUUGGCAAGGAAGUAUUUUCAGCAAUUGAUCAGUGCAGUCGAUUUCUGCCAUAGCAGAGGUGUUUAUCACCGUGAUUUGAAGCCUGAAAACUUGCUGCUCGAUGAAAACGGUGAUCUGAAAGUUUCGGAUUUCGGUUUGAGUGCGCUUGCUGAGUCCAAGCAUCAAGAUGGGUUACUACACACAAGUUGUGGAACACCAGCAUAUGUGGCUCCUGAAGUUAUAAACAGAAAGGGGUAUGAUGGAUCCAAAGCUGAUAUCUGGUCUUGUGGGGUGAUCUUAUAUGUUCUUUUAGCUGGUUAUCUGCCAUUUAACGAUUCGAAUCUUAUAGCCAUGUAUCGGAAAAUAAGCACGGCAAACUACAAAAUUCCUAACUGGUUUUCAACAGAAGUGACCAAGUUGCUGUCAAGAAUCUUCAAUCCUAAUCCUAAAGCUAGAAUUCCAAUUGCGAGAAUCAUGGCAACCCCAUGGUUCAGAAAGGGGUUUAACUCCAAACCAGUUGAGAGAAAACCCGAAACAGAACAGGACCCUCGCGAUUUGGCUGCGGUUUUGGGUUCUGAGACUAACUACAAUGCAUUUGAAGCAAAGAAGCUCACUAAUUUGAAUGCCUUCGACAUCAUUUCGUCAUCAAGCGGGUUCGAUUUGUCGGGAUUGUUUACAAAAAACGACGAGAAAAAGAAGGAAAUACAGUUCACUUCCAUGCAUACGGCCUCUGCUAUUACAUCUAAACUAAAGGACAUUGCUGAGAGUUUGAAGCUAAAAGUUAAGAUGAAAGAUGGAGGACUGUUGAAAAUGGAAGGUUCAAAUAGAGGUAGAAAAGGUGCAUUGGCAAUUGAUGCAGAGAUAUUUGAGUUCACCCCUUCUUUUCAUUUAGUAGAGAUAAGGAAGUGCAGUGGUGAUACAUUGGAGUUUCGAAACAAGCUGCAAGAAGAUGUUAAACCAGCUCUCAAGGAUAUAGUUUGGGCAUGGCAAGGUAAUACAGUGCAGUCGUGCUAACUGUGUUUGUCCCCGGGGGGGUGUUGGAUGCUAUAUCAUGUUAAACUGCGGUAAAUAUAGGCGACGGUAAAAUCCGAAACCGGAAAAUAGUGAUGUAAUAGCUAUAGCUAGCAUGUUUCUUGAGUUGUGAUCUAUGGUCACCCAAUGAGUGAAUUAUCAAAUACUUGGCUUUUGUAGUUAAUGUAUGAAUAACACUAUGGUUCUAAAAUAUCCAAAUCUUUGAAGGUGCAUUAUACUA